UUUCUCCGUACUCCUUCCCCAGAAAUGUCGGGCAGCCGCAUUUAGGAAAGUACUGGUAACCUAUCUAGGUAACCGGCAGUAGCAGCCCUCAUACAUUGUACCAUAGAAAGAAUAGAGUGAUGUACAUACGCGUUUCUGUGGUACCUGAACUAUGAUCAUCUGAAGUUUGGUGCCAAGAGUGGAGCGUCACCUUCGUCAUACCCCCGGCCAUCGGUAAUAUGAUUCGGUCAAUCGAGAGAUAACCUAAAAUGCCAAUCCUCCAAAUAAGGAUUCUACAAGUUCAACCAUCAUUCUUCACCGGUCCAAAUUUUGAAAGUCGCCUGGUUCCGAACUAAACACACAGGGAACGAACACUAUCCGCUUUCCGCCUCAUUGGGCCAUCAUCACGAGGACCACGAGGCCAAUCCAAGGCCAUGGAUUGGUUGACGAGAUUGCAGGUGUUUGGCACGUCAUAUCUGUAUCCCACGCUCAAUUUCAUAUUGAGGUUGUGCUACAUCAUCACGAUACCUCUACACUAUCCCAUUUACUACCUAUUUUUGCUGGUCGUAUUUCUCUUAUCACCUUUCUGGUAUAUACUCCGGUCUAUCUCAACUGCGGCAUUGGCCGCGGUGAAUUUGGCCAUUAAGCUCAAGUACCUCUACAUCUAUCUCGCCUACGCAGCAAUUAUAGGUAUCUGUGCGGGCUUUUUGUUGCAUGGGACAUCGAGCUUUAUAUUUGUCUCGCUGGGUGUCGACGCGUCACAGAAACGGGCUCGAGAUCAACAAAGAUCCGAGCUGUCACCUCUAGAUGACGAGGAACAUUAUUUGGAUGAACCAGAGUCAGGCACCCGGUCAGAAGAUAGCUCCGGCCGACUAUCCGGCGCUAGGGAUGGUUCAAAACGCACGAAGACAAAGCGGGAACCAAAGGAAGACGCAUACGGUAUGUUCGAGAAGAAAUGGAAGUCACUAAGUUCCUCUGAGAGACCUAGGCGGCGACGAAGGGGCUUGCUCGCUCAGACAAUUCAUGAGGAAAGUAGUAGCGAUUUUUCGUAGUUUAAUGAGCGACUAGCUACAAGGCCAUUGUUUCACUAUACUCCAAAAUAUGGCUUGGACAUUAUCGGCGAGCAUUGGAGUCGCAUGCGAGUCUAGCGAAUCGUUAUCGAAGCGCCAUCCAUAAAAUAGAGUAAUUAUGAUGGUGUCAGAUGACUUAACUGAACCUUAUAUAUAUAUAUAUAUAAAGUAUCGACAAUGUUUUAUAUUAUAAUUAUUAUUAAUUAACAUUAAUAUUAAUGUAGUUUUAUUUUCA